AAUAGCUUCCUCCCCCUCACGUUGCUAUUGAAAAACAGGGAUGGGGAAAAAAUAAUCCCUCAGACCCUGCCCUGCUUGUGGUGAUAAGAGCAACACAAUCAUUUUUUAAAGGAGGCAGCCAAGGCAAUUACAUUAUAUACCAAACAAAGCCGUUUCAGAGAUUUCUGCAUUGUGGAUGUUUUCUCCGUCGUUUUGCAGCAGAUUCAUUGCAGCAGCAAGGCCAGAGAGUUUGCCUUGACUCCCCUCACUACCAAAAUAAAUGUGCAGGGCAGGAUUGUUCCACUGAGCAGCCGGGAGUGGGGAGAUCGAAGACGGAAGGAGAUGGUACGUGCCGACAGCUCUAAACUGAAUGCGGUGAGGAUUGCUAUGUAUGAGAGAGUUCAGGGGGGAAAGAGGAGGAAGUCACAGAGGCAGCCAAAGCUCGCUGGAUGGCAAGAGCCAAGCUGAAGAAUUCCCCUUCAGAGAGCAAUGCCCAUGUAAAAACUGUCCCACCAGUGACGACAGAAGAUGUCCAUGGGGUGAGCCCCUUGUUACCGGCUCGAAGGAUGGGAUCCUUGGGGAGUGAUGUCGGACCAAGGCCUCACGCCGAGGACUUCAGCGUGGAUUCCUCCUUCUCACAGGUGCAGGUCGAGUUCUAUGUGAAUGAAAACACCUUCAAGGAGCGGCUGAAGCUCUUCUUCAUCAAAAACCAGCGAUCGAGCCUGAGGAUCCGGCUCUUCAACUUCUCACUGAAGCUGCUCACCUGCCUCCUGUACAUCGUCCGCGUCCUGCUCGACAACCCGGAGGAGGGCAUCGGCUGCUGGGAAUGCGAAAAGCAGAAUUACACAGCAUUCAACCAGUCCACGAAGAUAAACUGGUCACACAUCUUCUGGGUGGAUAGAAAAACACCGCUGUGGGCUGUGCAGGUCAGCAUCGCUUUAAUCAGCUUUCUGGAGACCAUGCUGCUCAUCUAUCUCAGCUACAAGGGGAACAUCUGGGAGCAGAUUUUUCGCAUUUCCUUCAUCCUUGAGAUGAUCAACACAGUGCCAUUUAUUAUCACAAUAUUCUGGCCUCCUUUGCGGAAUUUGUUCAUUCCUGUGUUUCUGAACUGCUGGCUUGCCAAGUAUGCUCUGGAGAACAUGAUUAACGAUCUGCACCGUGCCAUACAAAGGACCCAGUCUGCGAUGUUUAACCAGGUGCUCAUUCUGAUCUGCACCCUCCUCUGUCUGGUUUUCACGGGGACCUGUGGUAUCCAGCAUUUAGAAAGAGCAGGUGAGAAGCUGUCCCUCUUCAAGUCCUUCUAUUUCUGCAUCGUCACCUUUUCCACUGUGGGCUAUGGAGAUGUGACACCAAAGAUCUGGCCUUCCCAGCUCCUCGUUGUGAUAAUGAUUUGUGUCGCCCUGGUCGUUCUGCCACUCCAGUUCGAGGAGCUCGUCUACCUGUGGAUGGAGCGGCAGAAGUCAGGAGGCAAUUACAGCCGUCAUCGUGCCCAGACAGAGAAACACGUCGUCCUUUGUGUCAGCUCCCUCAAGAUCGAUCUCCUCAUGGACUUCCUCAAUGAGUUUUACGCCCACCCGCGCCUGCAGGAUUACUACGUGGUGAUACUUUGCCCAACUGAGAUGGAUAUCCAGGUGCGGCGGGUCCUGCAGAUCCCUCUGUGGUCGCAGCGAGUGAUCUACCUCCAGGGCUCUGCGCUGAAGGACCAGGACCUCAUGAGAGCCAAGAUGGACAAUGGAGAAGCCUGCUUCAUUCUCAGCAGCCGAAACGAGGUGGACCGCACGGCAGCGGACCACCAGACCAUCCUGAGAGCCUGGGCUGUGAAAGAUUUUGCUCCAAACUGUCCUCUCUACGUUCAGAUCUUAAAGCCCGAAAACAAGUUUCACGUCAAGUUUGCGGAUCACGUCGUCUGCGAAGAGGAGUGCAAAUACGCCAUGCUGGCGCUGAACUGCGUCUGCCCCGCCACCUCCACCCUCAUCACACUGCUGGUGCACACCUCCCGUGGACAGGAGGGCCAGGAAUCCCCGGAGCAGUGGCAGCGGAUGUACGGACGCUGCUCAGGCAAUGAGGUCUACCACAUCCGGAUGGGUGACAGCAAGUUCUUCAUGGAGUACGAAGGGAAGAGCUUCACAUACGCUGCCUUCCACGCACACAAGAAGUACGGCGUCUGCCUCAUUGGCAUCCGGAGGGAGGAGAACAAGAGCAUCCUGCUGAACCCCGGCCCUCGGCACAUCAUGGCAGCAUCUGACACCUGCUUCUACAUCAACAUCACCAAGGAGGAGAACUCCGCCUUCAUCUUCAAGCAGGAGGAGAAGCAGAAGAAGAAGGGGUUUGCAGGGAGAGGGACCUAUGAUGGCCCAUCCCGCCUGCCUGUGCACAGCAUCAUCGCCAGCAUGGGUACAGUAGCCAUGGACCUGCAAAACACGGAGUGCCGCCCUGCUAACAGCAGCAAGCUGACGCUGCCGGCGGAGAACGGCUCGGGCAACCGCCGGCCCAGCAUCGCGCCCGUCCUCGAGCUCGCUGACACCUCCUCCCUGCUGCCCUGUGACCUGCUCAGCGACCAGUCAGAAGAUGAGAUGACACAGUCGGAUGAGGAGGGGUCAGCGGUUGCAGAGUACGUGAAGGGCUACCCACCAAACUCCCCCUACAUUGGGAGCUCCCCAACUCUGUGCCACCUUUUACCCGAGAAAGCCCCUUUCUGCUGCCUGAGGCUGGACAAGGGCUGCAAGCACAACAGCUUCGAAGAUGCCAAAGCCUAUGGGUUUAAGAACAAACUGAUUAUCGUUUCGGCGGAAACAGCUGGGAAUGGACUGUAUAAUUUCAUUGUCCCACUCCGUGCCUACUAUCGGUCCCGCAAAGAGUUGAACCCGAUUGUAUUGCUGCUGGACAACAAGCCCGAGCAUCACUUUCUGGAAGCCAUCUGUUGUUUCCCCAUGGUUUACUACAUGGAGGGCACGAUCGACAACCUGGACAGCUUGCUGCAGUGCGGCAUCAUCUACGCUGACAACCUGGUGGUUGUGGACAAGGAGAGCACGAUGAGCGCUGAGGAGGACUACAUGGCGGAUGCAAAAACGAUUGUCAACGUCCAGACCAUGUUCAGGCUCUUCCCCAGCCUCAGCAUUAUCACAGAGCUGACCCACCCCUCCAACAUGAGGUUCAUGCAGUUCAGAGCAAAGGACAGUUACUCCCUAGCCCUUUCCAAGCUAGAAAAGAAAGAGCGUGAGAACGGCUCCAACCUGGCCUUCAUGUUCCGGCUGCCCUUUGCGGCUGGGAGGGUCUUCAGCAUCAGCAUGCUGGACACGCUGCUCUACCAGUCGUUCGUGAAGGACUACAUGAUCACCAUCACUCGGUUGCUGCUGGGUCUGGACACCACGCCGGGCUCCGGCUACCUCUGUGCGAUGAAGAUCACUGAAGAUGACCUGUGGAUCCGGACAUACGGCCGCCUCUUCCAGAAGCUCUGCUCUUCCAGUGCGGAGAUUCCCAUCGGGAUUUACAGGACGGAGUCACACAUGUUUGCAACCUCUGAGCCCCACGACAUCAGGGCGCAGUCACAGAUCUCAAUCAACGUCGAGGACUGUGAGGAUACAAAAGAUGUCAAGGAGCACUGGGGCAUCAAGACCAGCCACCACAGGAACUCGUGCUCCAGCGACCAGUCCGAGCACCCGCUGCUGCGGCGCAAGAGCAUGCAGUGGGCGCGGCGGCUGAGCAGGAAGGGCAACAAGCACUCCAGCAAGACGGCCGAGUGGAUCAGCCAGCAGCGCCUCAGCUUGUACCGGCGCUCCGAGAGGCAGGAGCUUUCCGAGCUCGUCAAAAACCGUAUGAAGCACUUGGGCUUGCCCACAACUGGGUACGAGGAUGUAGCAAAUUUAACAGCCAGUGAUGUGAUGAAUCGGGUAAACCUGGGAUAUUUGCAAGAUGAGAUGAACGACCACCAGAACACCUUGUCCUACGUCCUGAUCAAUCCCCCGCCGGACACGCGGCUGGAGCUCAAUGACAUCGUGUACCUGAUCCGCUCCGACCCGCUGGCCCACGUGGCCAACGACGGCCACAGCCGCAAGAGCAGCUGCAGCAACAAGAUGGGUCCCUGCAACCCGGAGACGCGCGAUGAGACCCAGCUGUGAGCAGCACCCGCAGCCCUGGCAGGGGCUCCGUGGAGAGGCGAUGGGGAAGAGGAUGGCCAGCCAGAGGGGAAGGCUGCUGCUGCCCUGGAGGAAGGCGAUGCCCGGACUGGCUUUGCACUGCGGAAGGGGUGCCGGGACCCAGACAGACCGACGGCCGGUGGUCGUACGGCCCGCGGCUUUUAACUUUUUAUACGAAUACCGCAACUAGUGAGAAAGUCUGUGCUGGUGCUGGUGGGGCGUGGCUGAGACCAGACAACCAAUAACCCUGUGUGAACAGGAGGACUGUGUUUAAUAUUGCCCCAAGGUGAUGCAGGUCCUUUGCAUUUGGUGGGGCUCGUCAAUACAAGAGCGAAACUGCACCACCACCCUCCUCCUCCACGAGGUAUCCCCCAGGGUACCCAGACUUCUGCUCUUUCACCCCAACUCAUGUUCUUCAUCUGUUGGUUUUCUGUGACGGACGCCGAUGAGGAGCAGGCGGAGCUGUGUCAGGAGAUGGGGAAAGACUCGCCAGCAGCUGUGGGAGAGGAUGGACGGUGCCACGGCAGGUGCUGCGAUGCCUCCAGCGCGUCUCAGCAUCUCGCAGACCAAACCACACCGAUCGCAGGUGACUGAAAGCCGCGCCGUCCCUGCGGCAAUGCCUGUUGUCACGCGUGCCCGGCUCUGGCCUGAGCCCCAGGUGCCCCGCGGUCCCCCCGGGUUUGCAUCCCCCACCAAGCUCAUCCCAUCGCUGCUGCUGUCGGAGCUGAGCUGCCCCCAGGGAUGACGGACCCAGAGGUGUCUGUACCGGGGGGUGGGACAGGGCAGGCUCGCUGGGGACACACACCGUGGGGUGUUGUGUGUUGGUGCCUUGGCACCUUCCUCUCCCCUGGGUCACAGCCCGGUGACCUCCUUCCAGGCAGCAGGUCCUGCCCGUCCCCUGUGCCCACCGAGGGCACCUUGGCAGCUCUGUCCGUCCUCGCUCGACUUUUAUAACCCAGCAGCCCCCCGCGUCCACGCGGCUUUGCCUGCAGCAGAGGUGCAUGAAUGUCCAGAGCAGCGCCAACCCAUCGCCGCAGCAUUGCUUAUGCCGGCCAACCGCUAUCGGCCAACCCAGAGAGACCUGGAGGUAGCAGAACCGCCAGAUGUGUUAUCCAUCUGUUUUUGCACACUUUACACGUCAAUGUUGUAAAGGUUUUAUUUGACUGCCAAAUGAAUAACCAAGUUGUUACCUUUAUAUACUUUUACAUUCAUAUAAGGAAACUCCAGCGUGAUUUUUUUGGUUUUUAAAGCCUGUAAAGCACAACUUCACCGUGAAAUCCCAUCAGCAUCCCGACCCGCUGCCACCGAAUGGUUUAUUGCCAUGAACAUUCACCGGUCGUUCCCCGUGACACCCCUGAUAAAAAUUGUUUACAAAAGAAAAAAAGCCAAACCUGCUUAAAAUUGCAGUUUUAAACAGUUGGUGAGAUGUGCUGGAGCAACCGCAGCCUGCGGGGAGUCACUGCCGGUCCUGCCUCCCCCGUGGGAAAAGCUGCAAGGAGGGAGAAAUGCAGGAGGAAGGAUGCCCAGGGCAGGGGUAGGACCUGCACGGGACUGGCAUUGCCGCGAGCAGGUGUCCAGAAAGACCUUUUGUGCCUGGAUGGGCUCUGGGGGUUGUCUUUUCUUUAAUUGCUCCUUUCUCCUGAUGAGCUCAGCCAACAGCACAGCACAGGCUUGGAGAGGAACGCUGGGCAAAACCAAUGAGCCCAGCCCAGCAGCCGAGCCUGACUCUUCCGCUCCGCUGAGAUUCAGGCACAAACAACUGUUGCUGAUGCCUUUUUGGGUUGUUUUGUUUUGUUAAUUUUUCGUCUAUUCAGAUACAUGGUUUAUUUGUUUCCACUUGUCGCUCAGCAUGCCCAAAAUAUCAUUAAAAGUUAAAAAUAAAAGGAAGUUCUUGCAGGCUAAAACAAGUGAGCACAGUUGAAGUACAAAAGCACAUGUUGGGUCUGUGCCCAGAUGCUCAGAUAACUCCAGAAAUGCCUCAUCAAGUAUCAAUAUAUCUAAUUUCCUAGAUUUUAGGUGAUUUUUCUAAUCCCCAUUUAGCUUUCAAGGCAGAGUGGAACAAAGCAGCGUCACAGGUUUAAAAGCAAGUAGAAAGACCCUCAGCCCCGAGCAGUGCGGGUGGGGGGAUCCUCUGCAUGGGUUUACUCCGAACAGAAGUGUUUCAUAUGGGGGUGUUUUGCGUUUGAGUGGGCAGCGGCCCCGCAGCGGGCAGCGCCGCCAGGGGCUCAGCUGGAGGCUCCUCUCCUUCCUCCCUCAGCACUCUCAAUUCUUCUCAGCCCUUAAUUCAAGGGGAUAUUUAACAUAAGAGGCACCCCACCUACCAAAAGCAGCAUAGCCUACACCCGGUUUGUGAUACUAUUAAACCCCAACCUUGGGUAUUACUGUAUUUUGACAAUGCUUCUGUUUGUUUAAUGUAUAAAUAUAUGUAUUUAAAAGGAAAGCUCUGUGUAUAAACCAUACCAUUUUGCAUACGUUCUUUCUAUGGUGUACAUUUCUAGCAGACAUUCUACUGGGAUGUUGAAAUAAAUACUGUAGAUACUUACCUGUGGUCAAUGCAAGUCGAAGAACAAACGGUUACUUUUUCUAAUUCUUUAGACUCAGUUACGAUACUAAUGUAAAAACCAAAGUAUUUUAUUUUUGUAAUGGUCCUGGAAACGUUGAUGCUUCAAGAAGAGCUGUUUCUGCUUGGAAAGGGCUGUCCUGGAGGGAUGAAGAGCACUCGGGUGGGGGCCAACCUGCUGCAACCCCUGUCCUGCACGAGGGGAAAAACGAUCGCUGCCAACUGCUGCCAAUAAACUGAGAAAAUACAUGAUUUUCUGAAGGGAACGGUUGUGUUUGGGUGCAAAGACCCGACAGGCAGAAGCGAGGACAGCUGCUGUAUUUUCAGGUUUACAAGCAAAGGGUUGCAUCGCAUGUUCUGUGUCCACUAAUGGUUUCAUACACUCAAUAUGGACUAAAUCCAUAUAUCCUGCAUUAAAGUAAAACCAAAUAUUCAAACAACUCUUAGAAUAUAUUUAUUUCCUGUUAUACCCCUUUUUACUCCUCUCUAUGGAAUGUGGCCUUUUUAUUUCCCCCAAGAGCCCUGCAUCUCUCAAGGUCAGCUCCUGCAUGGAUUUUUAUCACCCACCGGGACAAAUCUCCCGUCUUUCCCUCUCCAGCCCUACUUUGGUGCCAUGUUCUGCUGGGACGCACUGCAGACAGCCACCUGGAGAUGGUUUUGUACAAUUACUGUGAAGAUGCUUCACAUUUCUGUAAAGACAAAUUACAAUAAAAGAGCUGCAUGCAGCAACAGGAGAGGUGCUGUCUGUUUUAUUCUAGGAGUAAACUUCUUCACCCCGGUUCUCAGAAGUCUUUGUGCAUGGAUGUAGCGAGGGCACAAAUUCAUUGUUACAGCAACAGCACAACUGUAACAUUCUGUGCAAAUUACCUUUAAAUCAAUCAUUUAGGCUGGAAAAGACCUUUAAGAUCGAGUCCAACCCUUAACCCAGCACUGCCAAGCCCACCACUGAACCGUAAAUACCACAUCCACACAUCUUUUAAACACCUCCAGGGAUGGUGACUCAUAAUCCAACAAAUGUGUUAGGUUUUGUGGCUAUUUAACUGAUACUUUUUAUUUACUGACAUUAAGUCAGGAUCCAGUACAUGUUCUCCUACCUCUAAACACUUCAAAAUCUUUCACUGAUUCCCUGGUUCAUGUCUGCAUCCCAAUACAUCCAAGAAGAGAACCUAUUUCUAGAGCAUACCACACACAUAAACACAGAUUUUGGGAUAAAAAAAAUGCUGUAAAGGUUAUAAUAGAUCGAUUUAAAAUCAUACAGACAGACACAAACAAUGUACUUUAAAUAGUGAAGAUAAUUCUAGGAAUAAUACAUGUACAAGCCAGAAGUUUAGAAGCCGUCAAGUCAUUUUGCUGUAAACUCACCGAAGUCAGGGAGGACAGUCAGGUCCCUGUUGAAGUGAAUUAUCUCCUGUCUUUAAACGAGGCAAACCUAUACAUGCAGAAUUAAUUCCUUCCAAUUUUCCAGAACAGCUCAAUUAUUAUGAUUCCAACUAGAAGAAGGGAAUACCCUCGCUGGUAUGAAAACCCAUUAAAGACUGCAAAGCAG